AAUAUUGCCAUCGCUCCCACAUGUGCUUAAUGGAAUAGUUUAAAAUUUAUUAAUUUCGUUGAAAAUUUGUUACAAUUGGGGUUCAUUAUGAGUAAAAUAAAGUUAUUCAACGAUUCGGACAGUGAAGACCAAGCGGAUUCAAUUGAGUUCAAAACAAACAAAAGCUACGCCAAGCACUAUGACGAGUUUCGUCGGAAGGAAAUCCUCGGACAACUGAAAAAUUUGGAUUCGGGAGAAUCGUCUUCGAGUGAGGAUGAAACUACGGACGAGGAAGUUGUCGAUCCCGAAUUCGAUAAGGAAUUCUUUAGAACGUUGGCUUUCCUGAAGCGAAAAGAUCCGCAUAAGUACGAAGAGAAACCUACGUUUUUCGAAAAUGUUAAGCCCGUCGAAGAGGUGGCCCUGGAACGGAAACGGAAAAAGGAGAAGCCCAUGACACUGAAGGAUUACGAAAGAAAGGUCAUUCUCGAAAAGGAUGGCAUAUAUGAGGAUGAAGAAGAACGACCGUUCAAUGAGAAAAACCGUCCGGAAUCUCCUACGUUGGUUCAAGAACAGCAACGGAUUAAAGAUGAAAUCAAGCGUGCUCUUAAUAAGAUCGAUACGGAUGAUGAAGAAGAGAACUCAGAUGAGAAGGACACAAAAGGAGGGUUGCUCAAGGAACGUGUAAAGAAUAAAUCAGAGCGUGAACAAGAGAAAGCGGAUUAUUUACAGUGGCUUGCUGGCCGUGCCGUGGAAGAAGCUCCACUGGAAGUUGUAAAACCUCUGCAACCUUUGAAAGAAUUCUGGAGCAAUAAGAAACUUUCUAAGGAAGAUGCCUUUCUCAAAGAUUAUAUUCUUAAUAAAAGAUUUGUGGAUACUGCAGAUGGAGAUAUUCCAACCUAUGAUAACAUUGUGGCUACAUCUGAAGAUGAAGAAGAAUUAGAGAAGCAAGAAGAGUUUGAACAGAAAUACAACUUUCGGUUCGAAGAGCCGGAUGCGGAAUUUAUCAAGCGCUAUCCACGUAAUGUUGAAGAAUCAGUUCGAGUUGAGAAAAAUAAACGUAAAGAACAGCGACAGGCUUUAAAGGAACGGAAACAACGUGAGAAAGAGCAACAAAAGCGAGAACUAGAGGAAUUGAAGGCCAUAAAGCUACAAGAAAUAAAGGAACGAAUUCAAAAACUGAAAGAAAUUGCUGCCACAGAAAACAUGAACCUUCGAGAAGAGGAUCUGGAAUCCGAUUUCGACCCGGAAGAACACGAUCGAAGGAUGCAACGAAUGUUUGACGAUGACUAUUACGGCGUUGAUGAGGGCGAUCAGAAACCAGAAUUCCCAGACUUGGAUGAAGAGCUGGGCAUAGAAAACUACGACGUAGAUAAAGUGCAGGACAAUGAUCUGGACCAGUCGGAAGCAAACGGCCCCUAUUGUGAAGAUGACGAUUUUAUAAUGGAUGCUGAUUACGAAGAAAAUCAGAAAAAGGAUGCGAGCAAAGAGUUACAGAAAGAGAUGUUGGAAGCAACUGCCGGAAGGAAGAAGAAAAAGGGGAAAAAGCUGUCGAAGUUGGCAGAAGUCCUCAGGAAGGAGAAACCUCUAUUCGAUCCGGAGGACGAGAAGACCUUUGGAGAAUACAUCGAUGAGUACUACAAGCUAGAUUAUGAGGACAUGAUUGGAGAUACGCCCUGUCGGUUCCGAUACGUCGAGACUGUUCCCAACGAUUUCGGUUUGUCGAUUGAAGAGAUUUUGGCGGCUAACACCAGAGAGCUAAAUCGCUGGGCAAGCGUUAAGAAAACGGUCCAAAUCCGGCCAAAGUAUGCGGAAAUGAAUGAGGUGGAGGUUUACAAGCGGAAAUCGCAAAAUGAGGCACUUAAGCGUAAAAUAAUACCCAGUUUGUUCAAAAGUGAAGAAAGUGAUAACGAAGAUGAAAGUCAGGAGGAGAAACUAAACAAAAUUACUAAAUUUAAAGCAGAUGAUGAAAAUCCUACAGAUUCAGCCGAAAAUGGAACUACCGAGGGAAAGAAGAAAAAGAAAAAGAAGAAGAAAAAAUCGGAAGCAAAUCUUGAAACCGUAUCGAAGGUUCCAGAAGACGAACAAACUUUCGAUAAAAAAUCAAAGAAAAAGGUUGCUAGCAAUGAGUUAACAAAUGGGCAAACCGAAACUGAGAAAGAUUUCGAAAUAACAGAAUCAGUAGAAAAACAGGUUGUCGAAACAAAGAAAAGCAAAAAACGGAAACGACAAGAACAGGCUGAGAGUACAGAACCUAAAAGGGAAGAACUGCCACCGUUCAAGAAGAAAAAAAGUUUCGAUCAAAACCGAAAGGAACGUGGGAAACCCAGCAUGCAGAAGGAUUCUCUUUCAAAUGUCACUGACAGUCGGUUGCGAGCAUUCGGUAUCAAUCCGAAGAAGUUUCACAACAAAAUCAAGUAUGGCGGGAAAAAGGACGCGGGGUCGAAUUCUAAUGGUGAUGCUUCGAUUACUACUGGCGAACAGAAACACCACCGGAAAGGUGGACGCUUCGAUAAGAAUCAUGAAAAGUUCAAAAAGAAACAUUGGAAAAGAAAAUGAAUUUUGUAGAUUUUCUUAUACAUAUAUAGUUAUACCUAUGUAUCAUAAUAAAAUUUAAAACUAUUUUAACAAA